AAAGCGAAAACAGAUAUAAUAAUGGGGGAAAGAAACAACUACGGGACGCAGAUAAACCCAACAAAAAGGACGGCGACAGCCCGGGCGGCCGCUAGCUGACGCUUACACCGAUUUGACGCCAUAACAACACCAUCUCCUUCCUCUUCUUCCUCCUCCCCCUCCUCCUCUACAUCGAAGAGAUCCUCCUCCUGCCAUCUCUUUUGCUUCUUCGUCCAAUUGCUUUCCGUUCCAUAUAAGAUUUGGCUCUCGUGAUGCUUCGGAGCGUGCAGCGUCGGCCCUCCAUCAAGGCCAACGCCAUGAGACCCAAGCGCCCCGAACGCGACCCUUCCUCCUCCUCUGCUGGCGGCUCCACCGCAGCUCCCGGCCACGCGACCCCUGGGUGCGGCGACGUCGAGGACGAGGACCGCGCUCGCAAGAAGCGCAACCAACACCAGCCUGAGAUGGAGAUCGUCGUGGCCGAGGAGGAGCACGUGGAGGCGGAGGGCCGGGGAGCUGAGUCGCGGGGCCUCCGGCUACUCGGCCUCCUUCUCCGCUGCGCUGAGGCGGUGGCCGCGGACCAGCUCGCGGAGGCCCGGGACCUGCUCCCGGAGAUCUCGGAGCUGGCGUCCCCCUUCGGCUCCUCCCCCGAGCGCGUCGCGGCCUACUUCGCUGACGCACUGCGCGCCCGCAUCGUGAGCUCCUUCCUGGGCGCUUACUCUCCGCUUGCUGCCGUGGCCGCCACCCAGCGACGCAUCUCGCACGCCUUCAACUCCUACAACGCCAUCUCCCCCCUCGUCAAGUUCUCCCACUUCACCGCCAACCAGGCCAUCUUCGAGGCCCUCGACGGCGAGGACUGCGUCCAUGUCGUGGACCUCGACAUCAUGCAGGGCCUCCAAUGGCCGGGCCUCUUCCACAUACUCGCCUCCCGCCCCGCCAAGCUCCGCUCCCUCCGCCUCACCGGCGUCGGUUCCUCCAUCGAGCUACUCGAGGCCACCGGCCGCCGCCUCUCCGACUUCGCGGAGGCGCUCGGCCUCCCCUUCGAGUUCCACCCCUUGGAGGGCAAGAUCGGGCACCUCGCCGACCCGGCCCCCCUUCUCGCCCCGCGCCACCCUCGCGAGGCCACCGUCGUCCACUGGAUGCACCACUGCCUCUACGACGUCACCGGCUCCGACGCCGGCACGGUGCGCCUGCUCCAGGCGCUCCGCCCCAAGCUGAUCACCAUCGUCGAGCAGGACCUCAGCCACGCGGGCGGCUUCCUGGGCCGCUUCGUCGAGGCGCUGCACUACUACUCCGCGCUCUUCGACGCUCUCGGCGACGGCGCCGGCGCCGACAGCGAGGAGCGCCACGCCGUCGAGCGGCAGCUACUAGCCGCCGAGAUCAAAAACAUCGUGGCCGUGGGCGGCCCGAAGCGGACGGGGGAGGUGAAGGUGGAGAGGUGGGGGGAGGAGCUCAGCAAAGCGGGGUUCCGUCGGGUGUCGCUGGCAGGCAGCCCGGCGGCGCAGGCCAACCUGCUGCUGGGCAUGUUUCCAUGGAAGGGAUACACUCUCGUGGAGGAGCACGGAUGCUUGAAGCUGGGCUGGAAGGACUUGUCCUUGCUCACCGCAUCCGCUUGGCAACCUGCCGCCGACGACCACGACGUGGAAGCCGACAGGAUCCCUCACAUUUCAUAGAACCGUGAGCUUCUCUCGUCUAACAGUCACCAUGUUGUUCCUCUUUAUAUUAGGAUGUGGGAAGGGUGAAGCUUCUUGAUGAUGAGUGAGGGUGGAGUUGGCAAUAAUGGCAGAUCGCCUCUGGGAUCUGCCAUUUCAUCGUUCUGGCCGUGGAAUAUGUACAGUGGAAUGUGGAUGCUGCAGCAGCCUGCAAGUUCGUUCACUGGAGAAGUGAGUCUAAGGAGAUGUGCUUCCUUCCUUCUUCAUCCUCCUGCGGCCGUGGCAGCUGCGGAGAUAGGAAUGGGAACAGGACAUGCAUUAUUCUGGAGUGCCACGACAAGACUCACAGAGAGGUACACAAAAGAAGGGUUGAAAGGAAUAGCAACAUGGCUUUGUCCUGAGAUGGCCCAAUCAUGGCUGGAAACUGGCAAGACCACUGCCACUCUCUGGCGACGACUGUUGCAGCAAUCACUGGACACGGGAAUCUGCAAUGGGAUCCACUGUGGAUAUUGUUAGGCGUUGGCCUCUACGAAUGCCCGGAGACAGUCUGAGAAGAAACAUCGGAGUGCGAAAAAUACAAUACCACAUUAAGUGCGGACAGACAUUUCUUCUCAGCUCUGUAACACUUAUUGCGCUGCAUCUUUCUCCUCCUC